GUCGGCGGUAUAUUUUAGCGAUAAAUCCGAUAAAUGGCAUUGAUGUAAACAUAAAAACCCAGCUAGUGGAAUUGACGCGAAAAAAUGCUAUAGCGGUGACGGUGUACUAUGCGACCAUAUAAAUAUCUAAGAUUACAUACGGAAAAAUGGAAGCAGUAUCGAAGAUUCCCCUGAUAUUGUCUGCCUUGCUUGUCGUCUUUGUUUUUGCCGCUGCCGCUGCCACAACCUCCCAGCCUGGGUCUGGUUCCGGGUCCGGCAGCAGCAGCUGCCUCACCACCUACAGAAGCAAUGCAGAUGCGGCUGUAGCCCAGCAACACCACCUGCAGCCACACCAAACACAGAUAAGGGCCAGGACACGGUCCUGGCAGGAGCACGAGUUCUCGCUAUUGGGCUACAAAUUCCAUCUGCCAUUCGUGGGGCAUGCGGUGGAUGCGGAUCUAGAUGAUAGUGAGAGUGAUGGGGGAUUGUGGCUGGACGAGCUGGAUGAUGCCGAUGAGGCCACAGAGGAGAUUGAGGAGCACGAGCUCGGCUCCGACAGCAGCGUAGUAACAGCCGACAACGUGUUCAGGCUGAGGUGCCAGCAUGUCGGCCUUGCUAGCGUCAAUCAGGAGCUGUUGUCCAGAAGGAAUGCCAACAUCAACUAUCAGCAGCUAAUGCUUGACCAUGUGCCUGCGGAUGAUCGAGUGCAGCUGCAAAAGCUGCAGCUGCAGCAGUUCGAGAAUGUCAUAGAGUUGUCCUGGCUGGAGAGCGGAUUGCGCGAUGAUCCACUUAAGGAGGUGCUGCUCGCCAAGGGGCAGCCGCACCGCUUCGAGCAGAUGGAGCGUUUAGAUCUCAGCGAGAAUCGCUUGGAGUGCCUCCACUGGGCCCUGCCGCAGGCCAUGCAACACCUCAAAGUACUUAAGAUGAGCGGAAACCUUCUGGACAACAACUGCAGUCUGAUCAAUCUGCAGCAUAUGGGCCAUCUGCAGGAGCUGCAUUUGGACAGGAAUGGCUUCAGGCUGCUGCCGCAGCACUUUCUGGGCCAAUUGAACGAAUUGCGGCUGCUCAAUCUCAGCCAGAAUCGGCUUGCAGAGCUGCCACGCAACAUUUUCGAAGGUGGUGUGCAGCUGGAGAGGCUCUAUUUGUCCAAGAACCGGCUGAGCGUACUCCCCUUUCAGCUCUUCCAGACGGCAGGCGACCUCCAAAUGCUGGACCUCAGCGACAAUAGUCUGCUCUCCUUCCCGGACAACUUCUUUGCACGAAACGGCCAACUGCGACAGCUGCAUCUGCAGCGGAAUCAGCUGAAAUCCCUGGGCAGACACAGUCUGUACAAUCUGCGGGAGCUGCGGCAGCUAGAUCUCUCACAGAACUCACUGACCAGCAUCGAUCGCAAGGCGUUCGAGUCGCUGGGCCAACUCCUGGCCCUUAACAUCUCGGGCAACAACCUCACGACACUGUCCUCCAUCAUCUUCCAGCCGCUGCAUGCUCUGCGGCAAAUGGAUCUUAGUCGGAACCAGUUCAAGCAGCUGCCCAGCGGUCUCUUCCAGAAUCAGCGGGCCCUGGCCCUGCUCCGCAUCGAUGAGACGCCCAUUGAGCAUUUUUCCAACUGGAUAUCCCGCACCGAUGAGUCGCUGGUGGAUCCGCAGAUACUGCAUCGCCUGCGAUAUCUGUCGCUGCAGCAGAAUCCCCAGCUCACGGAUCUGCCCGAGACGCUGUUCGCCAAUGCCCGCAAUCUGCGCGAACUGCUGCUGGCCGAGAACGGUCUGCGUCAUCUGCCGACACAGAUCUCGGGCCUGUCGCGCCUGCAGCGUCUUAGCUUGCGUGGCAAUCGUUUGAUCUCCCUGCCCGAGGGCCUCAAGGAGCUCAGCCAGCUGCACUACCUCAAUAUACUUGGGAACGAGUAUGAAUGCGACUGCAGCAUGUACUGGCUCACCGCCUGGUUGGCCAACUCGAGCACCAGCCUCCGUCGACUGCCCGCCACGCAUCCCAGCCAGACGCCUCUGGACUCUUACGAGAGCAUUGAUGACCAGAUCGAUGCGUUGAAGUGCCAUUAUGGCUAUCCCGGGGACAUGCUGCGUGUCCUCAGCAAUCUAAACUGUACCGUACCCGUGGCAGUGCAGUCUUCCGAGCCGAAGAUGCAUCUACUUCUGACCACCGCCAAGUUGGAGUGCAACAUAACGGGCAGCCCUGUGCCAGAUAUUAUUUGGCUGACGCCCCGCAAUAAGAUCUUGCGACAUCAUGCCGAUCCCGACAAGCGACCCAUAAUCAUCGAAAGCAAUGAGGAGGAUCGCCGCCUGCCGCCAAGCGCCCAAGAGCUGGCUGCCUUGAUGGACGAGAGCUACGUUCAAUCCAUGAACUUUACGCGACAACAGAGCCUCUACGGACGCCAUGUGGUGCUGAUGGAGAACGGAUCGCUGCUGGUGCACAAUAUCUCGCGGGUGGACAGCGGUCUCUACACCUGCUAUGCAUUCAAUGUAAUGGGCAAAGCCUCAGCGGGUAUACGACUGUAUAUCGAUCCGAUUGUGUUUUAUCGGGUGAAGAUUGGCAGCUUGAUUGCGGGGGCCGCGUCGGCUGCCGCCUUUUUGCUGCUCACCCUCAUAGUGCAGGGUGUGCGGAGCUGCCUCUCGCGCUGGGGCAUCUGUGAUCGUUUUUAUUGCUGUGCCAAUCGUAACAAAAAGUCGCCGAGGGCGCGUCAGAUCUAUGCGAUGCUCGACAACAUUGAGAGCUACAAGAGCCAGCAGCUGGAAAGACUGAGGGAGAACUAUGCCCAGCAGGUGCAUCGCAUUCGGGAGAACUGCGCCCAGCAGGUCGAAUGGAUAUCGAGCAGCUACACCUCCCAGGCCAAGCACAUUAAAGACUUCCGGGACAUUGGCUCGAAUCAUUUGACGGCGCUGAAGGAUCAGUACAACGAUCAAGUGAAGAAGGUGCGCGACUACUCCACGGGCCAGUUGAGCUGGGUGCGGGAAAAUUAUGUCUUCCAGCGGAACAAGAUCCGGAAGUUCAGUGCCCAUCAAGUGCUGCGUCUCCGGGAGGGCUACAAGUACCAGCAGCAGAGCCUCAACAAGGUGCUGGAGAAUUUGCCCAGCUUUUACUUUGAGAAUUGUCGCGGACGCUGUGAGGAAGAUAUAGCCGAGGACAUAGACUGCUAUUUCAAAAGUCAAAUGGAGCUGGCUGGCUCUAAUGAGCUGAGUAUACAGAAAAUCAAAUUACAUUGGGCCGCUAACAAUGCCGCCAGCAGGGCAUCAAUCUAUUACACACCCCCGGACGAUGAUGAUCUGCGCUUGUCGCAUUUAAAUCUUCAACACACGCCGAUUCACAUCAACUACAUUGAUGAGAAUCUCGAUCAGCAGAAGCAGCUGGAGCAUGACUUCAAAAUGGAUCCACAUCUGCUGUUGUUCGAUGCCUCACGUCUUUACCUGAAUCCCGAGGGAGCCAGCAGCAGUGGCCAGGCAGCUGCUAUGGCGGCUGCCCUUGCUUUAGCCCAAUGCAGCAGCGUUGAGGACAACAAUCAAGAGCAAGAGGAGGAAAUGCAGCCUUUGACGCAGAUCAAUCGACUCGAUCUGGAGUCGAAUGAUGUAAAGAGCUCCAAAUCGUGUCCGGCCAUUUAUAAGGUGUCCAAGCAGCGGGAUGGCAGCACGCUGCACGAGCUGCUGACCAAGGACGGUGUGCCGCAUCAGAUGCUGCGCCUGAAUCCUGUCGAAAGCACGUUGGCCGUGCAACCGAAAAAGGAGAAGUUGAACAUUAUACUGGACGAGUGUGGAAAGGCCUCGCUGUGCAACGCCGAGCAGGAGCAGCAGCAGGAAGAGCAGCAUCGUCAGGCGAAUGAAGCGAAUGAAGGGUCCCCCGGUACUGACACACCGCCAUCGGUUUCCACUUGCGACUCCAACAGCCUAGCUGGCAGUUGCAGUGAUGUUUGCCCAUCGCCCAGCAAGCUGGACAACGCCUCACGGUUGCUUCCAUCAUCAUCAUCUGCAUUAAAUGCUUCUCCGCUCCAUGCAGUAGCUGCCGAAACCUAGAGAUUUUUUUUAUAAAUAUUAUUUGUAUACCCAACAACAAAACAGAAGAAGGAGGAAGUAUGAAUAGAAGCGACGAUAAAUGGAGCAAACACAUAUGCAAAUGAAAGUUAAUGUUAAAUGAUAAUGGUAAAUACUAAAUACACGUACAUUUGUAAGGCAGCAAACAAUAAUUACGUUUAGAAUUAAUUAGCGAAACUUAAUGAAUUCAACAUGCUGAACAUUCAAAGGUCUUUCAAGCACACAGCGAGAACAAAACUAACAAAACAUAAAUUAUAUACCCUAACAACCUACUUAUAUGCCUGAAAUUAAAGAAUUUUCGAAACUA